GCAAUUAUUAAGAAUGAGUAACGAGCUCGAUGUUGUAGUGGCAAAGUUCGAUUACCAACUAUCUUUCCUUUCAAAAAAAAGUGAAGUCGGGAAUUGAUUAAUAUCUGUGCCACUUCCAAGUCCCAAACCGUCAUUCAGCAAAGGAAUCCGUUCUCAACCUACUACUUUUCAUACGGACAGCCAAAAUCUCUGCCCCGCUCGCCGACGACAACGACUUUUACGAGCGAUGGCUUCUGUAAAUGGUGAUUUACUCCCAUACACUUGCAAUGCGUGUCUGGUAGCAUUCAGAACCAGCGAUGGUCAGCGCGACCAUAUGCGAAAAGACUGGCAUUUGUACAAUGUCAAGCGCCGCGUUGCAUCCCUCCCUCCCGUUUCGCAAGAAACAUUUACAGAGAAAGUCUUGACGGCCAGAGCGUCUUCAUCGGCUGCUGCUGCCAAAGCUUCGUUUGAGAAAACAUGCGAUGCCUGCCAGAAGACGUUCUACAGCGAAAACUCGUAUCAGAAUCAUACCAAGAGCUCGAAACACAAACUUCGCCAGAAUGUCUUGAAAAAGAAGGGUCUGGUAGAUGAUACGUCGUCGGUCGUGAGCUCGACCUUCUCACUUGGAGAACCCAUCAAUAAGUCUGUCGCCGGGGAUAACGAAUCGACCGUCUCCCACGUCACUGAUGGAUUAAAAAAGACUACUAUCCAGGAAGAAGAAAAUGAGAAUGACGAAGAUAUAGAAGAUGAAGACGCCAGUGAAUACCCUAUAACACGGUGCCUGUUCUGUUCAGAAACCGCAACCGACCUCAAAUCAAAUGUCGACCACAUGUCCAAAGUCCACGGAAUGUUUGUUCCCGAGAAGGACUACCUCGUCGACUUGGAAGGUCUCAUUCGAUAUCUGAAUGCAAAGAUUGUGGAAAAUCACGAAUGUAUUCAUUGCCACGCGAUCAGGAGCACAGCCGCUGGUAUCCGCACCCAUAUGCGAGAUAAGGGUCACUGCAUGAUCGCCUUCGAAUCCGACGAAGAGCAGAUCGAAAUCGGCCAAUUCUACGACUUCCGCAGCACAUACUCCGACGACGAGGACGAGGAUGAGGAUAUGGCUGAUGGCGGGGUUCCAGUGACGAGCUCAGAUGCGGAUGAGGCGGGAUGGGAGACUGACGACAGCUCUGUCGGUUCUGAUGGAGAAUCCAAGGCGUACCGGGGCUCGCAACCUGUUUAUCAGACAGACUACGAACUACACUUACCGUCCGGUCGCAGCGUUGGCCACCGAGCUCUCGCGAAAUAUUACCGCCAGAAUCUGCACAGCUAUCCUACCGCUGAAGAGCGUUCUGCUCGCCAGCUUGCGAUCGAGAAUGGUACUGCUGAAGAGGAGACGCCCAAGCCCGAACGCAAUCACCACAGGGCUCUUGUUUCUCGCGCAAACGGCGGAAUGGGUAUGAUUGGAGCGACGGAGUAUCAGAAAACAGAGGCACUGUCCUCGGAAAGGCGAGAGAGGACUCGAGCCCAGCGGUCGGAGAAGAAGUAUCUAGCCAAGAUCAACCGACAGGCCAACAGCCAAAAGCACUUCCGGGAUCCUCUUCUACAAUGAUUGAUGUUAGAUACAUUGAACGAAGUCUACCCCAUGACGAUUUGCAUUCUUCACGAUUACUUAUUGCAUUACCUGGUUAUGUUAUGAAUGACAUUUGAUAGAGCAUGAUUCCUUUCCUUGAGGUUAAAAGCUAGAUAUUUAAAUUAUGAAGAGGUUUCUAUAAAGCUAAGGUCACCACGUACCGUACAGAUGCAUUAUAUCUAAAAUUGAAUAAAAUAAAUUCGGCAU